AUGGAGACCUCGUCAAUGCUUUCCUCCCUAAAUGAUGAGUGGAGAUCUGAUAGCUACAUCGAGCCCCACUACAAGGAGUGGUACCGUGUGGCUGUUGAUGCUCUGAUUGAACAUGGGAUCGACGCCUACCAAGAAUUCCUCGUCAAGGAGCGAGUUUCAGAUUUUCUAGCUGAGGAAGAAGUUAAUUAUAUUUUGAAAAAUGUCCAGAAGUUUGCACAAAACACAGAAAGUGGUUCUGAUAGCUCCUGUGAUGGUGCCUCAUCGUCAGGGACUUACUGGCCCACACAGUCUGAUGUGGAGGCUCCAAAUCUUGAUUUAGGCUGGCCAUGUGUGAUGCCCGGAUUCUUAGGGAGUACGCAUAUAGACCUCCUCUUUCAUCCGCCCAGAGCACAUCUACUUACAAUAAAGGAAACUAUUCGGAAGAUGAUCAAAGAAGCAAGAAAGGUCAUUGCCAUAGUGAUGGAUAUGUUCACUGAUGUGGAUAUUUUCAAAGAAAUAGUAGAGGCAUCAACCCGAGGCAUCUCUGUAUAUAUUUUACUUGAUGAGUCCAAUUUUAAUCAUUUUCUAACUAUGACUGAAAAACAGGGUUGUCAAAUUCAACGUCUCAGGAACAUUCGAGUGCGGACAGUAAGAGGCCAAGAUUAUCUUUCAAAAACAGGAGCAAAAUUCCACGGGAAAAUGGAACAGAAAUUUUUGUUAGUUGACUGCCAGAAAGUGAUGUACGGUUCUUACAGCUACAUGUGGUCAUUUGAAAAAGUCCAUCUCAGCAUGGUCCAGAUCAUCACAGGACACCUUGUAGAGUUAUUUGAUGAAGAAUUUCGAACACUCUAUGCCAGGUCCUGUGUUCCAAGCUGUUUUGCUCAGGAAGAAUCAGCAAGGGUGAAGCCAGGCAAAGCUCUGUGGGAAAAUGGCAUUUACCAGCGAUCCAUUUCUUCAUUAGCUUCUGUGUCCAGCCAGAGAAACCUUUUUAGUAGACAAGACCAAAUUCAUAAAAUAGACUCUAGUUACUACAAAGGCAGAGGGAUAUAUACCCUAAACGAACAUGACAAACACAGCGUUAGAAAUCACGGAUACAAGCCUCAUUUUGUUCCAAACUUCAGUGGCCCCAAUACAAUUCGACACUUUCAGCCCAAUCAGAUCAAUGAAAACUGGAAAAGGCAUAGUUACGCUGGGGAACUCUCAGACACAACGCCAUACCAGCUGCUCAGCAGAGCUCUGAAUCGGACUAACAAUGGGCCUGGACAGUGGAGAAGGCCUUCAGACACCCUCAGUGUGGCAUCCUCAUUACGGGGAGGCCAGGCAAGCCAGAAAACCAUACCUGCACAGAGUUUUGCUGAUCGGCUUGCCCAGAGGAAAACAACCAAUCUUGCAGAACGGAAUUCAAAUGUGCGGAGGUCAUUUAAUGGGACAGAUAAUCACAUCCGUUCUUUACAGCAACGGAUGCCGACUCUGGAGAGCACCACAAAGUCUUUCCUGCGCACCUGGAGGAUUGACUCCUACUUAAAUGAUAAUUCAGAAGCCCCACCUGAAUCAGAUGGCUCCAUCUUGGGUGACAGGUUCGAAGGCUACGAUAGUGCAGAAAACGUGAAAGCCAAUGCGGCCUAUACUCAUUCGAGGCUACGUUCCUCACUGGCAUUUAAACCAACUUUACCUGAACAAAAAGAAGUCAGCAGCUGUACAACUGGCUCCUCAAAUUCCACCAUCAUCGGUUCUCAAGGAAGUGAUACACAUAGUGAGGUCCAGGAGAAGUCCACAAAUCUAAUUCCCGUGACAGAAAAACCCUUGCUGGAGUCAAUCCCCAAGCUCCCAACACAGUUAGAGUUACCAAAAAUGCACAGCUUGCAGGUUCCCGAAAUGCAACCAGAGAUCUUAAACCGAACAAUGAAUGGCCGAGCAGAAUUAAACAACUGUAUAUAUACAAACCUGUGUGUAAAUAAGCAGACAGAGAACAUCAAAAGCCAGCAAAGCGAGAAUCUGCUCAAAAGGCGAAGUUUCCCGUCCUUUGACCACUCAAAAGUGAAUUUAGAGCACGGCAAUAGCAAGAAUUAUGUGUAUAGUACCCUUACCAGAAAUCGGAUUAGACAGCCGGCAAAACCCAAGGAGGAUGUGCUGAAGAGUUCUAAGAGCAUGCACAAUGUGACCCACGGCUCGGAUGACGAGGAAGAAGAAGAGGCUAUCAAGAGAGACCCUCCAAGUGGCCCGGCCACCAAAUCUAUUUCCAUUGCUGCCUUGCUUGAUGUGAAUAAAGAGGACCCCAACAAAGAACUUACUUCUAAGAAGGAUGUUAAAGGCUCCCCAAGUUUUUUGAAAAAGGGUUCUCAGAAGUUAAGAUCCUUACUUAGUCUCACUCCAGAUAAGAGAGAAAAUCUAUCCAAGAACAAGGCACCCGCGUUUUAUAGAAUGUGUAGUAGUUCUGACACUUUGGUUUCUGAGGGUGAAGAGAAUCAGAAGCCCAAAAAAUCCGAGCCCAGAGUUGAUUCAUCUCCUAGAAGAAAGCGUUCCUCCUCAUCAAAUUCUCAAGGCAGCAUCCACAAGAGCAAGGAGGACAUAGCAGUUAGCGCAUCUCCAGGGGUAAAUUCCCACGCAGAGGAAAGUAGGAGAAUAGCAUCUUCUCCCCGACCUGUUGAAAGGAGGCUUUCAGAGAGAGCAGGAGAUGCCUCUGCCCCAAGAUUUAACACUGAACAGAUCCAAUACCGUGAUUCGAAGGAGAUCAGCGCAGUCACCGCCCCUCAAAGACGGCCAACCUCUUCUCCAGUACUAAAGUCCAGCGAGCUUCUGAGAUCUCAUUCAACUAACCAGAGAGUUUACAGUCGAUUUGAGCCAUUUUGUAAGCUUGAAAGCUCUAUUCAGUCAGCGAACAGCCUGACAAAUACCCAUGCCAACCGCCCAGAAGUCAAAGCCACAGCAAUGGGCAGCAAUUAUGGCAGGUCCAGCCCGAUGCUGAAUUACAAGACCGGUGCUUAUCAUACAUAUGCCCCCAAUGAAAACAAGUUCCGAGGAUUUAUGCAGAAGUUUGGGAAUUUCAUCCACAAAAGCAAAUGA